CGGGCAGCAUUGGAGGUUUCGUGUUUGCCUGUGUUUGAGUCUGAGUGUGUGGGCGCGUGCGCGUGGCUGUGUGUAUUGUUUUCUUUCCUCCCCUCUCAUGGGAGGCCAGGCCUCCACUGGAUAAUAAAAGGGCUCCGAGGCCUUGGCCAAGAGCAGAGCAAGGCCUGUGUAGGACAGGGCAGGGUGUGGGCAAGUGAGAAGAAAGGAAGGGAAGAAUAGAGGUGAGAAGGUGUCUGGGGGUGAGCAGGAGGAAGUGGGAGGAGUCUGAGCAGCCGUGGUAUUUGGAACAAGUAUAAAUAGCCGCCUGGCAGGGAGCUUGGCCAAACAGGGGUUUGCUGCUGUAGCAGCAGCACUGGCCUGUCCACUAUUGGCCACUGUGGGUACAUCCUGGGCACAGCGCAGGGCGGUGGGCAGGCAACGCUAUUGGGGGCUCUGACCCGACACCCCUCGACAUCGCCACAUCUCCUGGAUGCUCUCCCGGCCAGCCAUGCUGCUGGGCGGCCUCCUCCUCACUAUGGCCACUGUGACUGGGGCCCAGCAGAGGGGGCAGGAGGCAGGCGGACGCCGCCGGGCACACCGAGUCCAGCACGGCCAAUGCAGCUACACCUUCGUGCUGCCCGAGCCUGAGCCCUGCCCACCGGAGCCUGAGGCCUUCAGGGGCUCCAACAGCCUCCAGAGGGACUCACCAGCCACUGCACUGAACCUAGGAGACUGGCCGACCCAGCGGGUGCGACAGCUGGAGAAGGUGCUAGAGAACAACACGCAGUGGCUGCAGAAGCUAGAAAGGUACAUCCAGAUGAACUUGAGGUCGGAGCUGGCACAGGUGCAGCAGCACAUGGUCCAGAACCAGACGGCCACCAUGCUGGAGCUGGGCACCAGCCUCUUAAACCAGACCACUGCCCAGACCCGGAAGCUGACCAACGUGGAGGCUCAGAUACUGAACCAAACAUCCCGAAUGGAGAUCCAGCUGCUGGAGACGUCACUGUCCACCAACAAGAUGGAGAAGCAACUGCUGCUGCAGGGUCAUGAGCUCCACCGGCUGCAAGGCUGCAACAGCGCGCUGGAGACACGGGUGCAAGCCCUGGAGACGCAGCAGCAGGCGGAGCUGGCCAGCCUCCGCGGCGAAAAGGAACGGCUGCGGCGUCUGCUGGGCCGCCAGAGCGGCGCCCUUGCCGGCCUCGAGAGCAGCCUGCGCGCCGCCAGAAGCAACUCCAGCCUCCUGCAGCGCCAGCAGCGCCAGCUGCUGGAGUCUGUGCAGCGCCUGGUGCGUGUCAUGGCCCAGGGCCUAGUCUCCGUGAGGGCAGCUGAGCAGGUGUUCCAGGACUGUGCAGAGAUCCAGCGCUUUGGAGCCAAUGCCAGUGGCGUCUACACCAUCCAUGUGGCCAAUAUGACAGAGCCCAGGAAGGUGUUCUGUGACUUGGAGGCCAAUGGAGGCGGGUGGACCCUCAUUCAGCGCCGUGAGAAUGGCAGCGUGAAUUUCCAGCGGAACUGGAAGGAUUAUAAACAGGGUUUCGGCGACCCAGCUGGGGAGCACUGGCUGGGCAACGAGGUGGUGCACCAGCUCACCAGCAGGGCAGCCUACUCUCUGCGUGUGGAGCUGCAAGACUGGGAAGGCAACGAGGCCUACGCCCAGUAUGAACAUUUCCAGCUGGGCAGCGAGAGGCAGCUGUACAGACUUUCUCUGAGUGGGUACAGCGGCUCAGCGGGGCGCCAGAGCAGCUUGGUCCUGCAGGGCACCAACUUCAGCACCCGCGAUGCAGACAAUGAUAACUGCCUGUGCAAGUGCGCCCAGAUGCUGUCCGCAGGGUGGUGGUUUGACGCCUGCGGUCUCUCAAACCUCAACGGCAUCUACUACCCGGCUCGCCACCACGCGCGCAAGCUGAAUGGCAUCCGCUGGCACUACUUCCAGGGCCCCGGCUACUCGCUGCGUGCCACUCGCAUGAUGGUACGUCCCUCGGGCGUCUAACAGCAGCCACACCUGGAGGCCGGACCCACAGGAAGGGACGGGACUUGGGAGUCCCAGGACAAAUUGGACCCAAACCCGGGACACAGGGCCUGAUCCUGGACACCUGGGUCUCCUGAGCCAGCCCGCCUUGCACCAGGUGUCUCAAAGAGUCAGCUGCCUCCCUGUUCCCCUCAAGUUGUGAAAUGGUGGGCUUUUGGGGAUUCCUGCCUCUGUAGUACCCCUAUUUCCUCUUCCCUCCAAUCUACAGAGGCCCCUUGUCAGUUGGAGGGUCACAAUACCCCAAAUGAGCUGGGAACAAACUGAACUUGGCUCCUCAGAGGGAUACCUGGCUAACAAGGGAAUUCCAGGCAGGUGGGAAGGCAUCUGCAGGCAGGAAACCACUCAGAUGGAGACACAGAUUCUUUCCCUGGGGGCGGUGGGAAGGCCAUCUCCUGUUCCCAGCUUUCUCAGCCUUGAGAUGUCCUUGAACUUUCUGUUAAAGGCUGAAGGGGCUACAUCCACCCCGUAAUGGAAUCAUUAUUUUCACUCCACACUGUCCACCCAUCCUAGGCCCCAGCACAUGGAGCUCAGACCUAGUCUCUCAGGGGCUUCAGGACAUCUAAGUGAGAUUCCUUUACCCCCAGUAGGUCCCCAAAUUUGUUCCACAGAGAAUAGCUCGGACUCCCCAUUCAAAGCACCUACGGUCAAGUGAGAGAGGGAAGCACCAGGUUAAAUCAAUGUGAACAGGCAUUCUUAGCUGCCGGACUUGUCAGAGCCUUUGAUGUGGUCAUGUGCUUUGUGACUGCCCGGGAAGGGGCUAAAGUGGGCAGCUUUCUCGAAAUUCGCUUAUUUGAAAAUGGGCCCUGUUUGUCCUAGAGCGUCUCUCGGGGCUGUGGAUGCCCUUGGAAAAAGCUGGUUCUUGAGCGUCACAAGGAGGGGGCCCAGGGCGUCAUUCCCACCACUAGCUGCACUCACUCUUUCGGGCUCCAAAAGCCGCAGUGAAAGUCUCACACAGCCCCUAAAAGCAACUGGAAGGAAACUUUGGGUUAAAACAGACACACACCACCCCUGAAGAAGAGUCUAGAACCGAGCUUCCUGUCUGUGCUAUGGGCUGGUGUCCUCCCAGGCUCCUUCCGGUCCCAGGAAGCCAGCUCUGUGUCCGAGGCUGCCCUCAGCUCUCCUUGUAAGCCCAGCUCAUCCUGGACCAAGUAUAGGGACUGCUGGGGACUGUCCAGGAUGCAUUGGGCAUGAUACCAAUUCCCAGGUCCAGAUCCUUCUAGGUCUAAGCUGGAACCCGUAGCCCCCUCCGCCUGUCCCACUCAACAUGAUGCUAUAGCUGAGGGUCUGGGAGACAGGGCUUUUGCCUGAGUCUGGAGACCAGAGGCUCCUCAUGAGCUUCUUUCAGAGGACAGGGUAUGAGAGAGGCCGCAGCCACUCUGCCACCCAUCCCCCAUCACUGUGUCACUGUCCUUAGUCCCAAUAAGCAGCGGUUCUCAACCUGUGGGUUGCGACCCCUUUAUGGGGUCGAACGACCCUUUCACAGGGGUCGC